ACCGCCACCGGCAAGAUGCCGCCGCCGUCUUGCCGCCUCCUCCCUCCCGUCUCGCCGCCUCCCGCACUCCCCAAGUCGCAGCUCUUCCACCACGUCGCCAGAGCCCUCGCACCAAGGCAGGCCCAUACCCUGGCCCGGGCCCGACCCGAUGCCUCCGCCAGGUCCGCUCAGGUCGACGCCGCUCUCUCCGCCGGCUUCGUCCGCCUCCUCAACGCCGGCCAGAAGGGCACGGAACGCGUGGGCGGGCACUACGACCCGAAGUCGGGAGACUACGCCGUUGGGGUCGUUGUCUCCGGCACCGAGGCCCGCCUCGACGUCGCCGUCGGCGCCGACCGCCUCGCCACGCUCCUCACCAAGGAGCUCCUCCCUCUUUGCCGCGCCGAGCUCCCCACCGUAGGUGAUGAAGCAUCUCCGCCUCGGCCGGGGAGCGUGGGCGUCGUCGCGGCCUCCCCCGUGGAUGAGCAGAAGCGCGGGGCCAGGACGCUGGUGGCGCCCGGCACGGUGGUGUUCGCGGAGGUGCUCGGCCGCACGCUGAGCGGCCGGCCGCUGCUGUCCGCGAGGCGGCUCUUUCGACGCCUCGCAUGGCACCGGGCCAGGCAGAUUAUGCAACUUGACGAGCCGAUUGAGGUCAAAAUUUACGAGUGGAAUACUGGUGGACUUCUUACAAGAAUUGAGGGGCUGAGAGCAUUCCUUCCGAAAUUUGAGCUCAUGGACAGGACAAAUACGUUUACAGACUUGAAAAACAACGUUGGUCGCAGCAUACGUGUUUGCGUUAUAAGGCUGGAUGAGGAGACUAAUGACCUCAUAAUUAGUGAGAAGAAAGCAUGGGAAAUGACAUAUCUUAAAGAAGGAGCUCUUCUACAAGGGAGUGUACGCAAGAUUUUUCCAUAUGGUGCACAAGUUAGGAUAAGUGGGACCAACAGAAGUGGCUUACUGCACAUCUCCAACAUUAGUCGAGGCCAGGUCUUGUCAGUAAGUGACAUCUUAAAUGUAAACGAUGAGGUGAAAGUUCUGGUGAUCAAGUCGAAUGUUUCAGACAAAAUUGCUCUCAGCAUAGCAGACCUUGAGAGUGCUCCUGGCUUAUUUCUCUCAGACAAGGAGAAGGUGUUCUCUGAAGCUGAGGAAAUGGCAAAGAGGUAUCGGGAGCAGCUUCCAGUUGUCUCCCAGAACAUUGAAUUAGAUUAUGACCUUCAAGGGGAAACUAUUCCAUUUGACAAGGAAGCUAUACUGUAUGCAAACUGGAAAUGGUUCAAAUUUCUGAUGCAUGGCAAGCCUGGUGAGAAAAAUGAUCAAACAUAGUUACAGAUAUUGUACAUUUCACGCACUGGAUGUUGUGAAGAGAAUUUGGUUCAUGUUGAAGAGCAGAAUGUAUGUAAGCACCUUAGACACAAACAUAUUAAGGUCGAUCUUCACUUCAUGGUCUGAAAUAAAAUCAUAGUAAUGGCUCUUGCUGAGUGCA